CCCUGCACGUCUGCGGCCCGCGGGGAAAGCCGAUCCCGCUAAUCUGCUCGGCUGACCGGUUGGGCAGCUGCACCGGCUGUUCACCUUCCCGGCCAGGCACGCCCAGGACCAGCGCGAGCUGUGCGAGGACCAGAGCAUGUGGGGGACGCGGCUGGCGCUGCUGGCGCUGGUGCUGGCUGCCCGCUGGGAGCUCGUGGUGGCCCUGCAAUGCUACACCUGUCACGAGCCCACCAGUGUGUCCAGCUGUGUCACCACCGCCACCUGCAGCUCCAACGAAACCAUGUGCAAAACCACACUCUACUCCCUGGAGAUCGUGUACCCCUUUCUGGGGGACUCCACGGUGACCAAGUCCUGUGCCAGCAAGUGCGUGCCCUCGGACGUGGAUGGCAUCGGCUUGACCCGGCCCGUGUCCUGCUGCAACACUGACCUGUGCAACGUGGAUGGGGCAUCUGCCCUGGGCAGCCCCCGCGGCCUGGCCACCACCCUCCUGCUCAGCCUCCUCAUCAUCCUGCAACUCUAGAGCCCCCCCACCCCCCGCCGCCCAGCCCCCAGUGCCUCGGAAGAAUCGCAGCCCCUCCUGCACCAGGC